CAGCUGAGUUAAGGUCUUCCUCCUCCAGAAGCCCAACUAGCCUACGUACACUUCCUCUUCAUCAUGUUGGUCUUGGCAGCUGUGGUGUGUUUGGUGCUGGGAGUGGCGGCGGUUCCUCAGCAGGGGAGCGACGGAGGACUGACUCAGGCCCCUCAAGCUCCCUUCGCACCCGGCUAUACCCAGGAGGUGCUGCAGGCGAGGAACAACUUCCAGCAGGCCUACAACUAUCUGGCCGAAUUGGCCCACCUGGCCCCUGACGACCCAACGACCGUCUCACCCACCGCCCAGCUCACCCAACAACCCACCCAGGCAGCCCACUCCGCUCCCGGGACCACCCUGGCUACCACCCCUGUGCCCUUCCCUCCGGGCUAUCAGUUCGGCGGCCUCACCCCCGAGGUGGCCCGCGCCACUAUGGACUUCUUCAGGCAGUACGUUGCCACCGCUAACAGGGCAGCCCCCAGCCCCAACCAAAUCGCUUAAUGGCGCCUCAACCGACCAACCCAACCACAUCAAGUAAUGGCGCCACCAUCAAACACCUUAACGACGUAUAGAGUAGUUUACUUCUCUGUUAUAGUCACCUCAGCACCUCCGCCUUCCUCUUCCAGUAAAUUGACCAUAGUUUUUAGAGUCACCUUAGUGUCCAGGUGUGUGUGUUGUGAGGUGCUUCAGGUGAGUCUCGUCCAACACUCUGCUCUGUACUGGAGAGAAGCAACUUAAGGUAGAAUUGUGUGUGUGUGUCUUGUAUGUUAGUGUUAUUAGAAUACAUUAUUUACCCAAG